AGCUUCCAUCGCAGCAAACGGCCGCCAAUACAGCUACAGCUGCUAGUCUUGAUUCAUGGAAGGCAGUUGAGCCAUCGACCUGGUGCUGCGGCCAGGACCUAGGAAGGCCACCCAGUCAAACACACUCCAGCUCACUUCGCAUCCAAUUCCGCCUCGCCGACUCCCCUCCCUACCUCCCCAGCACCCCCAGCCCAGCCCGACGGCAAACAUGUCCUCCUCCUCCAACAAGCGCCGCUCUGUCAUGCCGGCCGCCGCCCAGGCCGGCCCCAAGGCGCCCGUCAUCUUCUCGUCGAGCAUCACCAUCGCCGACCAGGCCAUGCUCUCGGGCGCGUACCCCAUCGCCGUGUCGUCCGAGUCGGUCGUGCACCCGCGCGCCCGCUUCGACAGCGCCGGCGGGCCCGUCAACGUAGGCCGCCGCUGCAUCGUCCACGAGCGCGCCGUGCUCGGCGCCCCCAGCGCCGGCAACCACUACGUCGAGGGCUCCGUCACCCUGGCCGACCUGGUCACCGUCGAGGCCGCCGCCGUGGUCGAGUGUGGGGGCACGUAUGUUGGCGAGGGCACCACGGUUGGCGUCGGCUGUCGGAUCGGAGCCGGCGCGUCUAUUGGCAAGCACUGCACCCUCACACCCAUGUCCGUCGUUGUGUCGGGCGAAAAGGUACCAGACUUCACCGUCAUAUACUCCAACGGCAUGAGGCGUAUCGACAAGAGGAACAUGCAAGGGCUCAGGAACCCCGUACAGUCCAGGCACAUUGAGGUACUCAGGAGGCUGAUACCAAGCAACCCGGCAAAGUUCCAGUAAACGCCGGGCCUGCCCGGCGAUAUGCCAUGCACUGUUCUGUAUAAACUGGAUCGUAGCGUCAUGGGCCUAGACCAUCUCGAGUAACAGGUGAUCAAAGAGCAUACGAGUAAAUAAAUGACUAUAAACGCCAGAUUCCCAACCUUGUAGAUAACGAAAAGAGAAAUUUCCACCAAAAAAACAAUAGAACAGUCAACCCG